AUGGAGGCCGACAAAGUCCUGAAGGAGAAGAGGACUGUUUUUAUCCAAUCCGUGACCUCGGGCAUAAUAAAUGGCUUGUUGGAUGACCUGUUAGAAGAAAGAGUGCUGAACCAAGAGGAGAUGGAGAAAAUAAGGAAUGAAAAUGCCACAUCUAUGGAUAAGGCUCGAGCUUUGAUUGACUCAGUCUAUCGGAAAGGGCCCCGGGCAAGCCAAGUGUGUAUCACUCUCAUUUGUAAAAACGACUCCCACCUUGCAGAGAAGAUGGGGCUCCCAGGUGGGAAAUCAGACAAUGAUCAAAAUGCACACGACUCUCAAGCAAGGCUUCUUCCCUUCACAGCUCCCCAGGCAGUGAAAGACAACUCAGCUCAGCUGGUGGUUUCAGGACCGGGAGGGAGCCUCAAGCUCUGCCCCCCAGACAUAGUCCAAAGGAUAUGGAAUGAAAAGUCAGCGGAGAUUUACCCAGUAAUGGGAAAGUCCACUCGGACACGUAUUGCUCUCAUUAUCUGCAACACAGAGUUUGAUAAGCUUCCCAAAAGAGCUGGAGCUGAUGCUGAUAUCAGAGGUAUGAAGAUGCUGCUGGAAGGUCUGGGAUACACUGUGGAUGUUAAAGAAGACCUCACUGCUUUGGACAUGAUUGCAGAGCUGAAGGCCUUCGCUGCCCGCCAGGAGCACAAGAACUCUGACAGCACUUUCCUAGUGUUUAUGUCUCACGGUAUUCGACAAGGCAUUUGUGGGAAGAAACACUCUGAGGAAGUCUCAGAUGUAUUAGACAUCAACACCAUCUUUCAAAGUUUGAACACUUAUAACUGUCCAAGUUUGAAGGACAAACCCAAAGUGAUCAUUAUCCAGGCCUGCCGUGGUGAGAAUGAAGGGGUGGUGUGGUUAAAAGACUCAGCAAAAGAUUCUGGAAACAGCUUCUCAUUGGCUCCAGAAGAUUUUGAAGAUGAUGCCAUUAAGAAAGCCCAUAUAGAGAAGGAUUUUAUUGCUUUCUGCUCGUCAACGCCAGAUAAUGUUUCGUGGAGACAUCCCAAACGGGGCUCUCUUUUUAUUAUUAAACUUAUCGAAAUUUUGCAAGAACAUGCCUGGUCUUGCGACGUGGAGGAAAUUUUCCGAAAGGUUCGAUUUUCAUUUGAGUCCCCGGAUGGCAGGGCACAGAUGCCCACUACUGAAAGAGUGACUUUGACAAGAUGUUUCUACCUCUUCCCAGGAUAUUAA